CGAGGAUAUCCGGUCCCCCCAACCCCAACAUGCAGAUCUCCUCGUCACCGCCCCCCGUUGCCCUCUAAUUUCCGUGCUUCUCCCACAUCCCCCCUUCGUCCCCUCAAAGCACGCAAUGGCUGCUACAGUGUUAUGGGCGACGCCGGUGAGAGGGCAGCCCCGACUCAUACGCACGAGAUUGCGAUUGAUCCGUCACACCUCGACGUCGCAGAAGACUUGGGAUUGGGCCGGUCGCUCAACAACUGGAGAUGUUGCCAGAGAUGAGGUUGCCCAGCUGGCUGCCAGCCCUCGUCGCCCCCUGACCUUAGCAGACUUGUUAAAACAUGGACGUCCACCACUAUCUAAAGACGCGCUUUUAGCUUCGGCGAACUUCACUCUCUCCUUGCUCCCCGCACGACUUGCCUCCCGAAUUCAAGCACUGCGAAAUCUACCUUUCAUAGUCGUAUCAAACCCUCACGUGUCGAAGAUUUACGAAAACUACCGCCACUCCCUGUCCACCCUUCUCCCGUACCAACAAAGGCGAAUCACCACCCUCGAGGAGGAAAACAAGUUCGGCGACGUGCUUGCGGACCUUGUACAAACCCAUACAAAUACCAUUCCGAUUCUUGCCCGCGGAUUUUUGGAGUGUCGAAAAUAUGUCAGCCCCGCAGAUGUGACACGUUUCUUGGAUACCCAUCUGCGUGCACGUAUCGGUACUCGAUUAAUCGCCGAACAGCACUUGGCGCUGCAUUUUGCUUCUCAGCCAGUUAGCGAUGAGCCACCUAACCGCUCCAAGCCUCGUUCGCCCGAAGAUGCAGUUCCUUCGAAUUAUAUCGGCGUGAUUGAUACUGCGAUCCAACCCGCGCGUAUCAUCCGUCUCUGCGAGGAUUUUGUUGGAGAGAUCUGCGAGCUGAAAUACGGGGUACGUCCACGGCUUGUAAUUGGAGGCGAGCCCGAGGCGUCGUUCGCCCACGUUCCAGUACACGUGGAGUAUAUCAUCACCGAAUUGCUGAAGAAUGCGUUCCGGGCGACCAUCGAGUCUGGAAACGAGCGGGAGCCCAUUGAGGUGACUAUUGCAGCUGCCCCCGAUGUACCAGGGAAAGAGCCGCCAGUGGAGGGUGACGCCGACAUUGGCUUUCAACUAGAUGCCAAUGAUGAGGCGUACCCGAGUGAGGCAAUGGGAGCCUCCAAUCCCUCCUCACAAAGCAUUACUAUUCGUAUCCGCGACCGGGGUGGUGGAAUUCCUCCGGAGGUCCUCCCUCACAUCUGGUCGUACAGCUUCACGACAUUUUCGGACGUGGAUUUCAAUUCGGACAAUGGCAAUUUGGACGCUUUGAACACAAUCUCUAGCAGUGGUGGCCAUCUAAGCAGUAUUGCGGGUCUUGGAUACGGACUGCCACUCAGUCGAGCCUACGCAGAGUAUUUCGGUGGGAGCAUUGCAGUACAGAGUCUUUGGGGUUGGGGAACGGACGUAUACCUGACCCUGAAAGGCGUUGGCAAGGUCGACUGAAGAAUCAAUGGUUUCGAUUAUUUCUUCUGAGCGCGCCGAGUGGGCCAAUUCUGCUCUAUUUUACAAUUUUGGCUGACCUGCCGGACGCGCAAGCAAAUCCACGAAACUACUUAUUUGCAUAUCGGGACAGUGGACUGCCCCCGCGAUCUGGGCAGUUUCAGUCUUAGAGAACAUCCGCGCCAUGUUCUGUGAGAAUUUGGCUUCCAGAAACGUGUCUGUCCUGGGGUUCCGCACAUGUCCGAGGGGAUACUCAACCAGUAUCUCCGGAAGAACCGACAAGUUCUUGAGAUGAAUCGUGACACCCGUCCCCAAGCUCUGCUUGUCCAAAUCCAAGUAAUCUCGGGUUAGCACCGGGUCAGGUGAAACCGCGAUUUUGUCCAUCAAGCAUUUCAAAUCUUCAUUGGUCGCCCAUGGGCUUGUGUCGAGAUAGUCGACAGCCUCAGGCGCACUUCCUUUCAAACAUGCCAGGGCAACAACAUACUGAAUGCAAUGAUCACGGUCUGCAAAAUUGCGCAAUGGUGCUUUCUUGUUGAUGAUCAGAUCGGCCGCGGCUGUGGUACGCAAGUCAAUCCGCUGUAUGUCUUGCAUGGGACUCGACAAUCCUAUUUCUCUGCAGCGACGCAUUUGGAUCAAGAUCGCUUCCACGGCAGAUAUGGCAUGUCCCUCCACUGGCAUGGUUUUGAAUAGCACGUUUUGGACUGUCCAUGUACCAAAUGGUCGAGCGAACUGGAAGCCCGUUGCUCCAAAAGUUCGAGCCCAAAACCCCCAUGGCUUGGAUGACAACGCUCCCGGCGAACCUGGCUGGUUUGCUUGGACAUAAAGAGCAAGCUGUACAGCUCUUCGUGCAGCGUCUCCCGCGGCCCAACCCUUCCGUGGAAUUGUGUUAUCGCGCGCUCGAUAGACCCUCGUGGGCUGACCAUCCAUCCAGACGUGAGAGAUGCAUGCCAUGGUCUGCUCCUCUGUGAGACCCAGUAACCAAGAAACGAUAGCAGCUGAAGCCAGUUUGACCAAUACUACGUGGUCGAUGCCGUACGAAUUGAAUGCAUUGCGCAUUUGGUAGCAGCCUUGUAUUUCAUAGGCCUUGAUCAGUGCGAUCAACAAUGUCCGCAUGUUCAGCGGUGGUCCUGUAUGGGUGAGACGCCCUGAGGCUGCCAUACGCGACAGCCAGUCCAUAACGGCCAAGAUGGCUGCGAUAUUGUCUUGAAUCUAAAAUUCAAUUCGACUGAACAUUUAUAUGAGUCUUGACCUGGCAAACAUCAUACCUGAAGGAUGACCCCAUUCC